AUGGGUGUUCUGAGCAAUCUUUAUGACACUGUCGAGCUGGGCCACUUCGAUUGGCCGUUUCGUAACAGUCAUCCCGUGCAUCCGGCGACCGUCCACUUCCCACUCACAUUCCUCUCCACGGCCUACACUCUAGAUACCGUCUACGGUGUUGCAAAUCGAUACAGGGCCUUAGCCUUCCUGACUCCUUUUCUUGGAGACAUCUCGCGGCUUGGAUAUCUCUGCCAUAUCGCAGGUCUUGUAACUUCUCUGCCCAGCUUUACCAGCGGCUCUGCAGAGUUGUGGGAACUUUACAAGAAAGGCGGCAUCAAUCAGAAGGACAAGAAACUCACCAACCCAAACUAUCACGAGGACAUCAACAGCCGCAGUAUCAAGAUUGGGCUCGCUCAUGGUGCCCUUAACUUUGUCGCGGCCGGCGUGUCAACGUAUGCUGUAUGGACAAGAAGAAUGGCUCCAAGCUUUGCCCCGGGCAGGGCGGAGAGUUGGUUUAUGGCAAAGGCAUAG